AACAUAGACGUUGUCAUUUGUUACUGCAUUUUUAUCUUUGCCUAUCGGUUUGCAGAAAGUAAUAUUUUUAUUUGUUUACGCCUUAUGGCGAGGUAUAGGUGGUGAAGGAAAAUUAUUUGCGACGUUCAUUAUCACGUUACAAUGGUGUGGGGCUUAAUAAAGUUCGGCUUAAAAGCUGGUGUUGCUGGCGGUGCUGUUUAUUACACGGUAGAACAAGGCGUAUGGAAUGACAGCAACCGCACGACCGAACUUCAUCGUAGAAUACAAGAAAAUAUGAGACCAUUAAUACAACAGAUUCCAAUAGAUAUGAAGAUCCCAGAAUUGCCUAAAAGUGGAGAGCUGUCUCAUGAUGCGCAAUAUCUGUGGAAUUCCGGAGUGAAGGCAACAUUUAGUUUCCUGAGUGAGCUGCCCUCACUGUUGACAGGCUGGAGCAUACAAGGAUACCAUGUGCUCAGAGAACAGUUGUCCAGCAGCCAGCAGACCAAUCAGCAGGCACAUAGCACUGACAAGAAAGAGUGAUAUUUCUAAUUUUCGUCUUGUAAAUAGUCAAAGUGUAAAAUAAACUGUUGUCACAUUCAGAUGGAAGCCUCCUAAAUUAAAAAAUCCUUUAUUACAAAAUAAAUAGAAAGUUUAUGGAAA